CGUGACUUCCGCCCUCUCUUCCACGUCCUCGACGAGCCUUACGGCCACGGCCAACCUUCUACAGUUUCCCGCCGCAACGGCAACAGUGGGCCCAUCAGCUUCUUCGAUGACCCAUUCUUCAACAACAGUCGUCGCCUGCGUAGCCCUGCCGUCGAAAUCAACGAGGAAGGAGACCAUUAUGUUGUCGAGGCGGAGUUGCCUGGUGUGAAGAAGGAGGAUAUUGAUGUCAGGAUCGGAGAUGCGGGGAGGAGUUUGACGAUUGAGGGGAAAUCGUUUAGGAAG